AUGACGACUUCAAAUAUAAGGAGUAUGGUCAGUCCGUUACCGAGUAUAUCUGUGAAGGAGCAGAUGACGGACAAUUCGGAGAAUAAACAAUUAUCAACAACCAGUUCCAUUCAUGUAUCGAAGAACUGGGUAUUACCAGAAAGAUUGAAACCGGGAAGGAAACCGGUAUUAAGAUCAGGUGUAACUAAACCAUCUGCAACUAGUAGUAGUAGUAAUAGAAAAAGUCUUGCUUCUAGAUUGCAACUGGCUAGAAGUUUAUUAGGUACGUCUAGAAGUUUACCAUCGACGGGUCAAUCGAGAGAAGAGACAUUAGUGGCUCCAUCGCCAUCAGAUAAUAAACAUGACGAUGACCUCAGCAUAACUGAUGAUAUUACUAUAGAAGACGGCAGUAGUAGUAGUAGUGGUAGAGGUAAUGAUUCUGCGGCGAGGAGAAGAAAACAAAAUAGAGACGCUCAGAGAGCUUAUAGGGAAAGAAAGGCUAAUAGAAUACAUAUAUUGGAAGAUACUGUAAGUAAUUUACAGACAGAUGUAGAAUUAUGGCAAACAAGAUGUGAUAAUUUAGUAAAAGAAAGAGAGGAAGCGAAAUUUGCACUAGAGAACGCCCUUGACGAGAAUGAAUCUCUAUUAAGACAAAUCCAACUUUUGAAAGACGAAGUCAUUGUGAGAUCGGCUUCUAAUGAAAGUGAUAAGAAUUCAAUUUCAUUUGAUAAAAUAGAGAAUGAUUCUUUGAAUGAAAUGAUUCAAAAUUUUACUCCAAUGAAGGCAAUUCCAUUAAUUAAAAAAAAUUCAAAUUGUAAAGGAAAUAAUUCUGGAGAUUGUUGUAGUAAGAAGAAGAAAAUGAUGAAGAAAGAUGAUUUACCAGAUUUAAAAGUGUGGACUCCUGGUUCAUGUGAUAGAUGUAAAGCGGAUCCAAACAAUAAAGCUUUUUGCAAAUCAAUCUUUAAGGAUAAUAUGAACCCUUCAUCAACUUUACCAGAAUCAAUCGUUAAUAAUAGCAGUGGUGGCGAUAAUAGUAAUAUAAAACAAUUACCUUUGUCUCCAUCAUCAAUAAUGUCUCAGGAAACGAAUAAACCUUGUAAUGAUAACCCUAAGAAAUGUUGUGGUAAUUGUCCAAAGGAGAAGAAAACGAAGGAAUAUAUCCCCAUUACAGAUACUUAUCAAAGGAUCAGAAAACAUAUGACCUCACAACAGGAUAAUACUUGCAUUUCAAAAUUAAAAAAUGAAUCCAAUAAAAAUUCUACUUUAAUUAACGUUUUACAAAAUAUUGCAACUGAUUUAGAGGUCAACGGUAGGGAAAUUGAAGUCACCAGUAUUGAAAAGGCUUUAGAUAAUCUAGAAAAAUAA